AUGAUCUCCGCAACGGCCGUCGGGCCCCCGGCAACUGAUCCCAACUACCGCCGUUCACUGGAGCCAGCGGGGGCGCCCUGCGGGGCCAGAUCCGCCUCCGCCUCCGCCUCCACAACGGCGCUGGACACCACCGCCACCGCACCAGCGGCAGCGGCAGCGGCAGCGGCCCACGCCGGGGAGGGCGGCGUGAGCUCCGACAGCCUUCGCAGGCUCAGCGUCAUUCUGCACGGCAAGCGGGCUGACGAGGCUGAUGUACGAGCAGCGGUGGCGGCUCUUCGCUCGGAGGGGGUGCGUGUGGAUGUCAAGGUGACCUGGGAGAGCGGCGAUGUGGAGAGGUUUGUCAAGGAUAUCGUCAAGGCGCGCUCCGCAGACACCGUUGUGGCGGCGGGGGGAGAUGGCACCUUGAACGAGGUGGUGGCGGCGCUGAUCAAGGUCAAAGCCCCACGCGACAUCGCAGUGGGCCUUAUGCCAAUGGGAACCUCCAACGACUUUGCCGCCGUAACCGGCGUACCGCAGCAUAUAAUAAAAACUGUUAAGGUGGAUAAGUGGCAUUCAUCAUCAUCGCGAUACAUGCACCUGCCUGCCUGCCUGCCCGCCAGGGCUCCCUCGACACUGCAUAUUCAGAACGAGCACAUUCUCGUAUCUCAGAUCCAGAUCCAGAUCCAGAUCCAGAUCCAGAUGGGGCCCAUGAGGGAAUACAUCCAGAGCGUCUGUUGGAAGAGGGCAGUCCAUUCCACUUUAGCCUGA